AUGGGAAUGAUCAUCAUAGCGGUCGUCGUCGCCGCCACUAUGUCUCCCUCCGUGGUCGUCACCGGGCCCAUCAUCAGAUCCAUGCCUCGGGCCACGGGGGUGAAACCUCAACCUGCGGCCUCCAUGGUCGUCUCCGGGUGGAUCGUCGGCACCGUGUCUUGGUCCACGAGCGCGGAGCUUGCUGCUGUGAGGAUUAUCAUCGUAUUUGUCGUCAUCGUCACCACAUCGCCGGCCCCUGUGAUCGUCACCCGGCGGAUCAUCAGCACCGUGCUUCGGACCACGGGAGCAGAACCGCCGGCCUCCAUGGUCGUCACCCGAGCUCGGAGCCGGAGGAGCCUGGACGGCGACGCCAUUGGCAGGGCUGGCGUCGUCGGCGCCGUGCCUGGCGCCGACUUGGGCGAGGAGGAGGGCGAGGGCGAGGAUGGCGGAGACGGGGGGCCUCAUGGUUGCUGA